AUGAUUGUCACACCUCAAAAAUGGCAGCCUUUGACAGUGACCGCUACCAUCGAAACGGGAUUACAGUUUAAAUGCGAGAACGAGUGGAAUGGUUGUAAAGAGUUGUUUAGCAGUGAAAUGUUGCCUGCUCAUUUGGAUAAAUGUCAGCAUGGUAAGUGCAAGGCUUGUGGUAUUAAGGCUACCAUCGAAACGGGAUUACAGUUUAAAUGCGAGUACGAGUGGAAUGGCUGUAAAGAGUUGUUUAACAGCGAAAUGUUGCCUGCUCAUUUGGAUAAAUGUCAACAUGGUAAGUGCAAGGCUUGUGGUAUUAAGGUCAGUUCGCAACCUGACGACCAUAAAUGUCUGGGUAAUUUAAAUAUCGGGAAAUCUACAACCAAGGGUGAUGUGCCUAGUACAAGUCAGCCAGUAAAGGACCUGACUCAAAAUGAUGCCGAUAAUUAUCCGGGUGCAGGUGAUGUGCCUAGUACAAGUCAGCAAUCUAUAUCGCACCAUAAUGUAAAGGACCUGACUCAAAAUGAUGCCGAUAAUUAUCCGGAUGCAUAUAUCGGCCACAAAGUGCCAUUACUAGUCAGCAGGGUACACCGCAAAUUGCAAAACAAAAUAUUAAUGCGGAACACGAUGUACCAUUAA